GAUCUUUAAUCAAUAAAAACCAAAUUAUAUGUUAAAAAAAAAAAAAAUGUGUUUCUCUUGUCCUCUCUGUUUCUUCAUGUUCUCUGAAGCUGGCUUUCUAAUAUGAGCUUCAAAAGAUAAAAGUUGUUUUGAUUUGUUUUGAUCUGUUUGUGGCCCAGAUUGAUACCGUUUGUGAUAAUCCGAUUUGAAUUGACUUUUGAUCUGUUUUCGGGGUUUAAUCAACUGGGUGUUCUUGAUUUUGGGUGAAUUGUAUUGGGUUUUGAUCAAAAAACGAUCUUUGAUUUGCGAUGGUCUAUAUGCAGAACUCAAUCUCGGUCCGCAACUCCAUUGACCAAAGCUUAGAGAUGGCGAAUUGUGUGAAUUCAAGUGAUUUUAAUCCGAAACCAAGGCAAAAAAAGAUACACAGUUCUCCAAAUUGUUCAAAAACACCCUCUUGUGAAGGACCAAGGUUUAGAUCAGCUGUUGUUGAUGUGGUAAUUUUGCUAGCUGUUAUAACUGCUUGUGGCUUCUUGUUGUUUCCUUAUGUUUAGGUUGUAAUAUUUACAUCAAUUGAAGUAUUUGUUCCUGUGUUUUAUCUUGUUAAAGAGGAGGUGAUUGGGAACCCGAUUAUAUAUGCGUCAAUAGGUCUUAGCGUUUGUUGUGUUGCCAUAGCUGCUUGGAUUGUAAUUUUGUGUACAACGAGGAAAUGCGGGAACCCUAAUUGUAAGGGCUUGAGGAAGGCUGCUGAAUUUGAUAUUCAGUUGGAGACCGAGGAGUGUGUCAAGAAUUCUGAUGCUUUGGUUAAGGAAAGUGGUGGUGGUGUUAAAAAUGGAUUGUUUGAGUUGCCUCGCGAUCACCAUAAAGAAUUAGAGGCAGAGCUCAAGAAGAUGGCGCCACCUAAUGGUCGUGCAGUGCUUAUUUUUCGUGCUAGGUGUGGAUGUUCUGUUGGGAGAUUGGAGGUUCCGGGAACGAAGAAGCAUAAAAAAAUUAAGAAGUAGGAGUUAAAUAAGGGAUUGGGAUUGGAUAGGGAGGGUAAUUCAAUCGCUACAGGAAAUGAAGAGAAGUGUGGCUUUUGCUUCUCUGGUUAGUUGUUUCAGAACUAUAUAAAUUGUUGUUAAAUAAAGCUCAUCAUGGCAAUAAGUUGUAACGGAUUAUAUACAGCUGGUUACAGUGGGGAAUAUAAGAAUCUUUUUCUUGCA